AUGUAUAGAAACUCUGUUAACAGUCUAAUGGACGGCUUGAGUCAUGACCAGCAUGACGGUAUGACAUCUGCUAAUGAAAGCCUAACUAGGGAAGUUAGUAGAAAGAAACCAAGUCUCCUUAGGCCGAAAAGUAAGAUCAAAUUAGGUGCCUGGAAUGUCCGUACUAUGUAUGAGGUGUCAAAAUCUGCACAAGUUACCAACACUAUGCAACAAUAUGACAUUGAUAUUCUAGGCGUAAGCGAGUGUCGCUGGACUGGAUCUGGGAGGAUGAAACUCAACUCAGGUCACACCAUACUAUACUCAGGACACCAGAGUAAUCAUAUACGAGGUGUGGCAAUUAUUAUGAAAGAAGAAGUGACAAAAACUUUACUGGAAUGGGAACCAAUUAUAACAGCCAGAUUUAAUUCAAAAUACUGUAAGCUAACAAUCAUUCAGUGUUAUGCACCAACUAACGAUGCUGACGAGGAAACAAAAGCCGAAUUCUAUGAGCAGCUCCAAUACAUCUUCUCCAAAGUGCCACAACACGACCUAGUCUUAAUAACAGGCGAUAUGAAUGCCAAAGUAGGAUCCGAAAAUACCAAUGUUGAAGAAAUCAUGGGAAAAAUGGAUGUGGGAUAA